AAUCGAUAAACUAAAUUAUGAAAAUUGAUAUUAUAUUAACUCAAAUUGAGAAAAAUACAGAUUAAAAAAAAUGAUAUGAGUAAAUGUUGAUAUUAUAGGAAGAAAACAAAUAAUUGGCUGCAGAAACACCCAGUUAUAAUUAACGACUAAAAGUUAGUAAAACUAAAAGGUAAUGUAAUAAAGGUAAAAGGUAAUAAAACUAUAGCAAUGCAAUUAAAUACCAAGUUAUAAAGAAUUUUCCAAACUUAGAAUGAAAGAUGGUGAUGACGAUGGACAAACCAAUCAAAAACAUGUAAUACUAUAACAGUAAACUACACUGGCUAUAAAAAAAUAAUAAUAAUAAGCACUAUGGGACUUGGAUUUCGAAGGACCACAGACAAGAUCACCAAGUUCCACAUUCCCUACCUAUAUACAGAGAGAAGCACGCGUUCAGACUCCUCUUGGUCACUUAUAGUUAACCACUUCUCAACAAGUCUCUUAUACUGGCCUGAUCUGUAAUUUUGAAAAGUUUUAAGAUAGUCAGGUAUGUUUCUAAGUAUUAUGUGUGACAGGUACUGAAUAUUAGUUGUUGAAUAUGUUUUAUUUAAUCUUGGAGUCUGUAUACUGUUUAUAUGUGAUGCUCUGGUGGGGUAUCUAUGAUCUAUUGUAUUGUUAAAAAUUUGGUUAUGGUGAGAGUGCAUGUAAAUUAAGGCAGAUCUCACAAAUAGCUGCCUUACAUUGAACACUUUAAAGUCCGCAUAUAAUUCUUUAGUGUGACAUCUGGGACCUCUCUGCAAUGCGACCCUCAAGAUAGAAUUUUGAGAAACUUUUAAAGGCUCAAGAACAGUUUUAUAGCCUUUUUAUAGGGGCGUAACGGUAUCGGUUUCAGCUUCGAAGUAUUCUCCAAAUUAACAUCUUGCAACAACUCGCCCAGAAAGCUGAAAGCUCCUCCACGAAUGGUGCGCCUGGAUAUCCAAAUCAGGAUGGAGACCUGAUUUGGAGAACCAAAUCCGAUACACCCCCUUGUUCCAAAGCCCUUCUCUCACUCCCUUCUUCUUUUCUUCUUCCCUCCUGCUUUGGAACUUCUGUCAUGGGGCUCUGGUGUGUCGUCUGGUGGUGCUCUGCUCGCUGUCUCAUUUGGAAUGGCGAGUGGUGGUGGUGCUGGACGGGUUACCGGAGCCCUGUAAAACCUAGAAUGAUACGUUUUCCACUGACUUUGCUUUGUGUCAUUCUCACUUUAUUCUUUCUGUCUGGCCUUCCUUGGCCAAUCUCUUCUUUUCUUAUUUCUUGGCGUCUGGUGGCAGCCGGCCUUAAAUUUCAGCCAAUUAUUUUCUCCUUGAUCAUGAAUAGUACAACUAAUAGAGCGAUUACCAGGGCUAGGGCAUCCCCCAGAAGCGAUGAGACUGCGAUUUCCAGAGCUAGGGCAUCCCCCGUAAGCGAUGAACCUCAGGAUGGAGAAAAUACUAGGGCGUUCCCCAGAAGCGACGAAAAUGUCAUUAGAGCACCGCCACAAGCACCUAGAAUGCGAAUUUCAACAUGGAACGUGGGCUCAAUGACUGGACGCAGCACCGAAUUGGGCAAAGUACUACAACGUAGACGCAUUAAUAUUUGUUGUAUUCAAGAGACAAAGUGGAAGGGGUCUAAAUCACGGAACAUUGGCUGUGGCUACAAACUUAUAUAUCAUGGUACUAGAGCACAAAAUGGAGUUGGGAUUGUUGUGGAUAGGGAUCUCCAGGAAAGGGUGGUAGAAGUGGAAAGAGUCACUGAAAGAUUGAUGUCUAUUAAAUUUGCUUUGGACAAUCAAUGCUGCAUGAAUGUCAUAAGUGCUUAUGCACCCCAAGCAGGUUGUACAAACGCUGAAAAAGACACAUUCUGGGAAGAGAUAAACGAUCUUUUAUGUGCCAUACCUUCCAAUGAAAACACGUAUGUCUGUGGGGAUCUGAACGGACAUGUAGGGCAGACCACAACAGUCUAUAACAGGAUACAUGGAAAUUAUGGCUAUGGAAAGGUUAAUACAGAAGGCGAAAAAAUUCUUGAGUUUGCAUCAGCACACAAUCUAGCGUUAAUUAAUUAA